AAAGAUGAAUUUGAUUGGUUAUAUUAUGAAGAAAAUGAAGAUAGUGAUAAAAUGUUUUUUCAUCAUGCAAAUACACAAGAUCAUAAAAAAAGUUUACCUAUUGCGUAUAAUCAAACAACAAUAGAAUAUGGAUUUAAACAAUUAAUUUCAUCUGAUAAAUUAAAAAUUAUUCAAAAUAUACAAUAUGUUUACUUUUUAGCUAAAAAUCAUUAUACCACUCAUAGUUUAAAAAAGGCACAAGAUAUUAUUGCUGAUUCUCCUGUUACAUUAUAUUCAGAAUAUGGCACUUAUGAUAAUGAUAUUUCUGCACGUAAAUUUAUAAAAGCAAUUUCAUUUGUUAUAGAAGAAAGUUUAAUUAAUGAAAUUCAAAACUCUCUAUAUUGGAGUAUUCAAAUUAAUGAAAGCAAUAUGAUUAAACAAGAAAAAAUAUUAGCAAUUAUCUCUAAACAUUUAUCUGAUAAUUAUCUAAUUACAUAUUUUUUAAGUAUUAUUCAAUUAGAUAAUGCAGUUGCAAAACUAAUUGUUGAUAGUAUUAAUCAAUUUUUGUUAGCAAAAAAACUUGAUUUAAAUAAUAUAUUUCAUAUAGGAAGUGAUAGUGCAAGCACAAUAUUAGGAAAAAAUAAUGGUGUUGCUGCUAUUUUUAAAAAACAAAAUCCAUUUCUUUUAGAACACUAUUAUAUUUCUUAUCGAUUAGCUUUAGCAGCAAAAGAUGCUACCAAAAAUGUUUCUUAUUUUGAAAACUAUGAUUCAAUUAUUAAUCAUUUAUAUUCUUAUUUACUUUCACUAAGUAAUAUUGUAUCUAAUUUGUAUCGAAUUUUAGAUUCUGUAAAAGUAGCAUUAGAAGAAGAUUCUUCAAAAAAUAUAGUAGCCUAUGGACUUUAUAAUAUGAUGGAUCAAAAUUUUUACUUAGCUAUAAAG